AUGGUCUUGGAGGCUGUGAAAAACAAGCACCAGAACCAUAUUUGCUUCUUUCUCCAGGGCCUGAAGAUCAAUGUUACAGCUCCUGAGGUGCAAUACCUAGGGUCACGUUUACAAUUGUCAGUCUAUCCCUGUAUCUGUCUAUCAAUAUCUUCUUUGAUCUUAGCUAUUUGUCUGUCUGUUUCCAUCAGUAUGCCUUUCUGCCUAUUUCCCCCAUUAUACAGCUGUCUCUUUCCGUCUAUGCAUUGUUCUCUCUGUCCGUCUCUUUCUGUGUAUGCAUCAUUCUCUCUUUCCAUCUAUGCAUCAUUCUCUCUGUCUCUUUCCAUUUAUACAUUAUUCUCUCUCUCCGUAUCUGCAUUGUUCUCUGUGUCCAUCUAUUCGUCGUUCUCUCUGUCCAUCUAUUCGUUGUCCGUCUCUUUCCGUCUAUGCAUCGUUCUCCCUGUUCGUUUAUGCAUAGUUUUCUGUCCGUCAAUGCAUAGUUUUCUGUCCGUCUAUGCAUCGUCCUCUCUGUCCGCCUAUGCAUCGUCCUCUCUGUCCGCCUAUGCAUCGCCCCCUCUCUGUCCGCUUCAUGCAUCGCCCUUCUGUCCGCCAUGCAUCGCCCCUUCUGUCCGCUCAUGCAUUGUCCUCUCUGUCUGCCUAUGCAUCGUCCUCUGUCCGUCUAUGCAUCGUCCUCUCUGUCCGCCUAUGCAUCGUCCUCUGUCCGUCGAUGCAUCGUCCUCUCUGUCUGCCGAUGCAUCGUCCUCUCUGUCUGCCUAUGCAUCGUCCUCUGUCCAGUAUUCAAGACCAACUAAACGGAAUAAAAUUAACAGAUUUACAGCUUCCCUUGAAAUUGGCCACGCAAAUCUACCAGAUGCGAUAAAUUGCAAUUUUCCAUUUAUAUGCAACUUCACAGAGGCUGGCAGUUCAUUCAAUGCAAUAAUUCCCCAUCCCUAG